GAUCAUGCCACUCGUUUCUCAUCCUCAACUACAUCAAAUCAGAACAAAGCCCUCUUCUGCGUACUUACAGCAACAUUUCUCUUCAGUUUUCUGCAUUGUUUUCCAGAAAUGGCUUCAUCUCUCGUCCCCAGCUUCUUCGGCAGCCGAAGGACCAAUGUGUUUGAUCCAUUUUCUCUGGACAUUUGGGAUCCUUUCGAUGGCCUCUUCACCUCUACUCUUGCCAAUGCGCCAUCCUCAGCAAGAGAAACCUCAGCUUUCGUUACUGCAAGAAUCGAUUGGAAAGAGACCCCAGAAGCGCACAUUUUCAAAGCAGAUCUUCCAGGGCUGAAGAAAGAGGAAGUGAAAGUAGAGGUGGAAGAAGGCAGAAUCCUCCAAAUCAGCGGAGAGAGGAGCAAAGAGCAGGAGGAGAAGAACGACAAGUGGCACCGCAUUGAAAGAAGCUGCGGAAAGUUCCUGAGGAGGUUCCGGUUGCCGGAGAAUGCGAAGAUGGAUGAAGUUAAAGCUAGCAUGGAGAAUGGAGUGCUCACUGUGACUGUUCCCAAGGAGGAGGAGAAGAAGCCUCAGGUCAAGUCCAUUGACAUUUCCGGCUAAAGCAAUGCUGGUCAAGAAAUGCCACCUUGGUUCAAUGGCCUAAAUAAACUCUGCUGUGUUUGCGUUGUGUGUUUGUGAAAGCUUGGCAUCUGUGGAAUUCUUGUAUUAAAAAUAAAAAUAAUUGAAAUGGCAUUUUCUUAAGAUUGUGUUGCA